UUUUCUCUGCGCCAGCACUUUACACCGGGCCCCGUUCUGCGGCGCUGCUCCCGGCUCCAGUCCGCACUUUGACCCAGAGGAUAUCCUGCGCUUCCCAGCGUUCGGAGCGCCAGUGCGCCGUAGCAGUCGCGGGACGACAGACCUCUGCAGCUUUAUGCGCGUUUAUCGAACUAAAACGAGAAGUUUUUUGCACUUUUACAAAGAAGAUCAGCACGCAGCGGGCGGAUUAACGUACGAGUUCCAGAAUGAUGGAAGAGGUCAAAGAGGGGGCAUCUGCCCUGAGCGUGCACGGCCAUAACGUCAAGGUCACGGAGGCGCUGAAAGACGGGGACGCGCUCACGUUCCUGAUUGUGUCUGAAAAGCUCUCUGGGACCGGGGAGUACCACGUGCACCGGACCUACGAGGACCUGGAGUGGCUGCAGCACAACCUGUUCUCCCAGGAGGAUGUUCCCGGGAUACAGGGCGUCAUAUUUCCUCCUCUCCCUGCAAGGCCUCAGGUGAACCCACCAGCCAAGGCUGUGAAACAGCUCGGCGUCCUGGCUUUAGGAGAGUGGCAGCCGUACUGUAGAGCGCUGGAAACGUUUCUGCAGCAGGUGGCGUCACACGGCACGCUCUGCAAGAACAAAGCCGUGGAGACUUUCCUCACCGACGCGGACCCUCCAGGGAAACAAAGAGCAAGGCGAAACCUUUUCAACCGGCUGAGCCAAGCUGUGGAGGAGCUGAGGAAAGAAGGCCACAAGGACGUGGACGAGUUCUUCCACGCGGAACGGGGCCGCAACGCCGUGGCGACGGGCGGCGCCAAGAACGCGGCCGAGAGGUUCCUGGACGUGGUGCUGACUCAGCAAAAAAUAGCCGUGGCCUGUGGGCACUUCUCAGCCGCUCUGCAUCUCUGUGUUGAACCUGGGGAGGAUCCGGACAAACAGGCGUUCUCUAAGCUUUGUGUGAAGCUAUCAGAAGUCUUUGAGUCUAUGAAGAAGAACAUGAUGAAUGUGGCUGAGAACAACGUGAACACGCUCGGGCUCGGCCUGGACCUGGAGUCACGCUACCAAGAGGCGGAAAGGGAGAUGCUCUUCAGACGGACCUGUAAAAUGGUGGAGGUGGAGAACGCCAGGAGGAACGCAGAGAGGGCCAAACCCGUGAAGAAGGCCGCUAUGGAGGAGGUGAAGAGAGCGACGGAGGAUGAGUUCGGUCACAUCAGCAAAGUGGCUAAAGACGAGGUCGCUCGUUUCCAGGGGAGCCGCGUGCAGAUGCUGCAGCGGGCGCUGGUCCGCUGGUGCGAGCAGCAGCUCCUCACGGCCAGACAGAGCGCCGAGCAGCUCAGCCAGCACCUGCAGGCCGUCCGAGCCCUGGGCCCGCGACCCGCGUAGCUCCGCCGCCACCGGAGCGCCCUCAGCGCGUUUAACGACGGCGACCCAGCGCGUCCUUCUGUCCUUUGUGAGAUUUAAAUGUCCCCUUUACUCACAGCAUCACUGUAACGUGCACUCGCUCUCCCCUCAGUCACACUCUGAUGAACAAGGCCCCAGUUGUAAUAAUGGUUUGAGAUCUGAGCGGGAACACUUGUCUGCCCAGGUCGUGUGUGUGUGUGUGUGUGUGUGUGUGUGUGUGUGUGUGUGUGUGUGUGUGUGCGCGUGCGUGCGUGCGUGCGUGCGAGUGUGUGUGCGUGCGUGCGAGCGUGCGUGCGUGCGAGUGUGCGUGCGUGCGCGCGUGAGAUUUUUUUGCUGAGAGAGUUUGUGCUGCUCUCGAGCCACUACAUCAGCUGGGGUCACACAACUAAAGUGUGAUGAAUUGAUUCCCAAAGUACCUGCUUUCUUUUGUGUGUUUCUUAGUCCUGAAUCAUUAAUCAGAUAGUUUGACUGCUCCUGCAAGGACGCGGAGGCAAGGACACGGUGCCCGGCUCUUUGUGCGGCUUUUCAAACUAUUAACGUCCGUAAAUCAGCUCGGAAGCAGUGAUUUUUAUUUUUCAUACAACUCCAUUAAACCUUUAGCGACAUCUAACAUAAAAGGCGAGAUACUGGAGUGAGACGAACUAAUAAAACGAUAAGUCAGA